AUGAAGGCAUGGGUGCAGCUGGCCGUGCUGCUGCUAUGGCAGCUCAUCGGUGUGCAUGCGGUGGAGAUGCAGAUUGACCAGAAGGAGAGCAAUCGACAAAUAUGUUCCGGAAUGUACUCGCGGAAAUCAUGGGGCGGCGAGAUCGAUCCCUUCAUCCUCGUCAAGUUCGUCAAGCCCAACGACCUGCCCGAGAACGAAGACCCGAUUGUCAGCUUGGUAAUCUUCGAGUGGAGGGAUAGACCUCUUAUCGGGAACGAGGACGACCCUGCGGAUCCACAAUACCUGUGCGAUGAAGGUGCCAAGAGCAAAGGCCUGUGUUCGGACGGCGAUCUGGGCAAGUUCGUGAUCGCGUCGAAUGCGACUGAGAAGUCCAAAUCCCUCAUCCGGACGGAAGCGAUUCAUUUGAAAGAGCCUGGUGCAAUCAACUACCCGGUCAAGCGGACUGGGUACUACUGCGUGAGCACAGCCGCUUAUGCGCAGGACGUGUUCCCAUAUACCGGAGUGGUCGAGUUCAGGAAUGCGUUUGGUGAGCUUCCUGCUGCUCAGAUCGCCAAGCUUCCAUUCUAUGCGGCUAUCACUAUAGUCUACGCUUUCGUAGCCAUGGGAUGGGGUGUGUUGUACUGGAUGAACCGACGGGACAUCUUGCCGGUCCAGAACUACAUCACCGCGAUUCUGGUCUUCCUGGUGAUUGAAAUGUUCAUGACCUGGUUGUUCUACGACUACCAGAACCGACACGGACUGAACGCUGGAGCAAAGGCGCUGCUUGUGGUGGUCUCAAUCUUGAGCGCAGCAAGAAACAGCUUCUCCUUCUUCCUGUUGCUUAUUGUCUGCAUGGGCUACGGUGUGGUCAAGCCAACGCUGGGCAAGACCAUGUGGUAUGUACGAGCGCUGGCUAUCACUCACUUCGUCUUUGGAGUUGUCUACGCCAUCGCAUCUCUGGCAGUCACGCCAGAGAAUGCGGGACCUCUGGUACUGCUGGUCGUCCUCCCCCUCGCGGGAACCUUGACAGGCUUCUAUAUCUGGACGCUUAACAGCCUCAACUACACCAUGAAGGAUCUCAUGGAGCGAAAGCAGACCAUCAAGGCGGCGAUGUACCGGAAGCUAUGGUGGUGCAUCCUGAUCAGCAUUGUUGUCAUUUUUGUAUUCUUCUUCGUCAACAGCUGGACGUUUGCCGGACAGAGCGGAACAGACUUUGUACCCAACCACUGGCAGAGCAGGUGGUUCAUCUUGGAUGGAUGGUUGAACUUGGUCUACUUUUUCGAUGUUGCGUUUAUUGCGUACGUCUGGCGGCCGACGCCGAACAACAGGAGAUUCGCCAUGUCUGAUGAGAUUGCCCAAGAUGAUGACGGGUUCGAGAUCGCCUCCAUUCGAGACUCGAUGGACAUGGACGACGAUCUUGAAACUGGUGGACUUGGUGGCAGCAAGGCUCCACCGCGCUACGACGGGCCACGAGAAGGCUCGGGCUCUUCAGCAAACAGAGACGCGUCUCCUCUGCCUGCCCCGAUACCGACCAAACCCACGCCUCUCCCACGAGAGUCGCUCGAUGGCGAAACCAUCUUCGCGGUUGAAGGCUCCGACGACGAGGAUGAUGAAAUUGGCGAGAGCAAGCGGCUGACUGGAAAGUCUGAUUGA